AUGUCGACAACAACCCCAGCCCAGCCAAAGUGUACCCUGGAGCCUGCAAACCUCCGCGAGCAAUCACAGGUCGACGAGCUCCUCCGCCAGCGCAAGAUAUGCGGCUGGAAGACCAGGCCAAGCGACAUGGCCUCGUGGAAGGAGAGGGCCGAGGCGCGCACAACAACCCUCUUCUGGAUCAAGCCGACCGCGCACCCAGACCUGCGGGUGGGCCACAUCUCCCUCGACAGGGUCAGCGGUGACCCGUCGACCAUCAAGAUCGCAGACCUCUUCGUCCUCCCGGAGCAACGUGGCGGUGGCAUCGCGCGAGCGGCCUUCCAGGCCGUGGAGGAGCUGGCCACGGUGGGGCCAUAUGGCUCCGAGGAAUGCAGGACUCUCAAGAUCGAUACCCUGAGCCGCAAGUACUCUUACGACGAGGAGAUGCGGCGCGAGUAUACCCAGCUGACUGGGGUGGAGCCGAACCCGAAGGGGGCGACCAACGAGGAGUGGUAUGGGCGGAUGGGUUACGUUACGUACAAGGAGGAGCCGACAUAUCCUGAGGGGGAGAGCCGGCCUAGCGGGAAGCUCCUCCUGGCCUCGUUCAUGAAGAAGGAAAUACGUUGA